UGACGAUUUCGAGUGUUUGUUUGGGUUAAUUUGUACUUAAUUUUCUUUUCUGAGACUGUUAACUAUUGCUUUCUUCUUGCACUAUUUAAAACUAUUCGACAUGAAUGAUGUCUGGAGCAAGCUGUGCCGCGCGUGUCUUACAACGAAGGAGUCUUUUACAUAUUUCUUACUCGAAAAUGUAUCUGCCGAAACUUAUUUAUUUUGUACUUCGAUUCAGAUAAAAGAAGAAGAAGGUUUACCCAAGGCACUAUGUGAUGGUUGCUUUGAGCUCCUUACAAGAUAUUCUAAGUUUAAAAGCACUUGUAUUGAAUCGCAGAACACUUUAUUACUUUGUACCAACACUGUUAAAACUGAACACAAUCAUUCAGCCACGCAGCUUGAUGAAAAAGAAGUAGAAACUGACGAAGAAUCUAGAUGUAAACUAGAAAAUAAUUCCCAAACAAAAUAUGAACUCUAUGUCAAACAAGAAGAAUUGUCAGACCACUUUGUGGAAGAUGGAACAGCGGAACUUUCAGAUGAGUCUGUAAAAAAUAUAGUUCUAGUACACAAAAGGAGAAAAAAGCUUAAGACAUUGAAAUCCAAAGAUGUGAAAUGCAACAAAAAAGAGCCUGUAAAAGAGCAGCUACAUUCCUGUGACGUUUGCCAGAAAAAGUUCACAUAUCGUAAAAGAUUUGAAGCUCACAAACUAGAACAUAAUUGCCAGAGGGAUACAAACCUACAAUGUGUAUCGUGCAGCAAGACAUUCAUGACCUUAAGUGGGCUUAAACGUCACGAAGAAAGCUCUCACUUGCCGGUGCGCCUGUCCAGCGUGGCGUGCCGGCGCUGCGGCCGCGUGUGCGCGUCCAAGCACUCGCUGCGCGCGCACGAGAAGACGCACGCCGCGGCGCGCGCGCACGCCGUCUGCCACGUGUGCGGGAAGAGGGUGUCCUCUGCUAUUAUAUUAAAGGCACACUUAGAGACGCACAAGGCAGAUAGAGAGCGUCGACACACAUGCGAACACUGCGGAAAGAAAUUCUUCACCAACACUAUCUUACUCUCUCACAUAAAGCGGCUGCACACGGGCCUACGAUACAUCUGUGGAAUAUGCGACUACCCUUUCACUGACAAAUACAACUUAGCCAAGCAUUUACUAAUCCACGACGGAAAGAAGCUUUACAAAUGUGACAUUUGCGACAAAUCCUACGCGACAAACGGGUCUUUGAUUGAACAUAAGAGAAUACAUUCAGGGGAGCGACCAUUUACUUGUAGCUUCUGUCCGAAGAGUUUUCUUUCGAAGCGAAGGUUGAUGGACCAUCAUAGAAUACAUACAGGGGAUAAGCCGCAUAGAUGUUUGGUGUGUGAACAGAGGUUUACUCAGAGAGGAACGUUAAAGCGGCAUAUGAAAGUCCACGAUCCUGUGAAAGCUCCGACACUUGUUACGUAGCACGAAUAAGUAUUAGGUUUUGAAUAACACGAUCUUGAAUAUGGCCUUUGUGUCGGCCAGAUAUUCAUAAACAAUAGACGUGCAUUCGUUAAAAUGUGAACAAACAAUAAGGCGUUGACGUAUAUGGUACUAUCUCAUAGCUUUCAUCAUCAUCUCCCUAGCAUUGUCCCGUUUUUUUCACAGGGUCCGCUUACCUAGCCUGAAGAUUUGACAAGACCGGUUUUUUUACAGAAGCGACUGCCUGUCCGACCUUCCAAUCCGCGAAGGGAAAACCAGUCCAUUACGGGUUAAAUCACAUACCUCCGAACAUGCAUUUCUCGGGAAUGUAAGGUCAUCAAUUCAUCAUCUCAUUGCUUUCAUAAGGUGUAAAAAAGACACCCUACUAUAAGCCUCCUUUGACUUGACAUCCACCAAAUUUCACUUUAGGGCGGACCAAAGCAAAGUGGUGAAAGAUCAACAAGGCAAGAGAAAUUCCGAAGGAAAUGCCAAUGAUAAAAAAGAAAACGAAAAUAUAAAUAAUUUCCGCCUGCAUGGACGGGAUUUUAUUUCUCUGAACAACCUUAGGACAUAUAAGUAAUAUUUAUAUAUAUGCUGCCAGUAAAAAAUAAAUAAACAGAGAACAUGUAAGUAUUUGACAGCCAAGUAAAAUUGAAUCUAAUUAUCAAAUAAUUAGGUUUCAAUUUUGCACAUUGACCACUUGUUUACUUUUCACUGGUCGGAUGAUAUUUAGUAUUAUUUAUCGUAAUAAUAAUUUGUAUUUUAUUUUAGUCACAUAGUGCAUUUGUAUUGUAAAAUUUCCAAAUCACAAUUAUUAUGUACACAUCGAAUACACGCCUUAUUUCUAAUGACGGAAUGAUUAAUAUGUUUGUGAACAAAAACAAAGAAAUAAAUAACGUAAUUAGACGGAUUGAACGCUCUAAUGCAGCGUUUUGUA